UUCCUGUGCGGUGAACCGUUUCCUGCCAGAGUAUUUUCAGUGCAGUCAGAGCGAGGCAGGAGAGGGUUAACCCCUCUGAGCCUCUUCCUGCUUUGCACAGAACCUGUUUCCACUCGCCUCACAUACUUCAGCCUCCGGGUGUCGGCUGGCUCUCAGCUCUGAGCAGACGCUUCACAUCUGCAGUCUGUCUCUCUCCCCCGUGUAGACAUGUUGGUCUCCAGAUUCCUCUGCAGGGCGAGACACCGAAUCACCGCAGGCAGUCCGGUGUGGUGUGUCGCCUCCGGUUUCAGCAGUCAGCCUCCCUCUAAAGAUGCAUCAGUUCGUUACAGCCUCGGCCGCCCGGUCCUCUCGCUGCGCCUCCCUGCCGGCCGGCUCGGCCGCUUCACCUUGACGCCGAUGUUGACCACCGUGGGAGAUCUGCUGAGUGAAAUCACAGCCAAGGACCCGGAGGUGCUCAGCGCCUCGCUUCUCAACGGGGAUGGACAGAGAAUCUCCACAUGCACCUUCAUGGAAACUGUUUUAAAUAAAGAUUUUCAAUUGGUCAUCAACGACGUCACACACAACGUUCGCUCACUUGGACAAGGUGCGUCCCAUGAACACGUGUUGGGUGUCGACGACAUGAAGUAUGUGGUGCGUCUUCUUCACUCGGCUCUGACUCUUCCUCAGCAGCUGCACGUCAAACACACGGAGCUCCUGGUGAAGCAGGAGGAGCUGAGGAGACAGCUGCAGCCUCUGGAGAUGGAGAGAGUCAAGAUGGGGCAGGAGGCGGAGUCUAGAGCAUCACUCCUGGGGUGGGCGGGGCUAGCAUACCUGUCGCUGCAGGGAGGAUUCCUGGGUUACCUUACUUGGAAUGUGUAUCCAUGGGAUGUCAUGGAACCGAUUACCUUCUUCAUCUCCCUCACCACCAGCAUGUUGUUCUUCGCCUAUUACAUCCUCACCAGACAGGAAUUCAUCUAUCCGCAUGUGAGGGAUCGUCAGUUCCUUCACUUCUUCCACCACAGAGCAUCGCACCAGAAAUUCCACGUUCAGAAAUACAACGAGCUCAAAGACGAGCUGGCAAAGGUGGAGGGUGACCUCAGUGUUUUGAGGAGCGCCAUCCGGCUGAAGCCGCAGAGCGCCGGCUGAAGACGCUCUCACACUAAAUGUCAUUUUUGUACUUAUUGUUUGUUGAAACAUGUUUCUACUUCUUUCUUUUCCUAAGACAAAUAAAGACCGUUUUCUAAUCUCUA